AUGGACAGCCUAGAGAGCUCAGGAAUCCCUUUUGAGCCUCAAAAUUUAUGUAAAAAUUAUACCCAAACACCACUUGAAGGAGAAGAAGUCCAUGAAAAUGAAGAAAAAAGAAGCAUGAAGUUUCCUAAAAGAGUGAACAGCAAUGGAAGAAGGUUUCUAGGGGUGAGACAAAGGCCCUCAGGAAGAUGGGUUGCUGAAAUCAAAGACUCAUCUCAGAAGCUGAGGCUUUGGUUAGGGACUUUCGACAGUGACGAAGAGGCUGCUCGAGCUUAUGACAGUGCUGCCAGGCUUCUAAGGGGAAGGAAUGCCAAGACAAACUUCCCAUGUCAUGGAAACAUGAACUCACAUGAAGAAAGUAGCAGCUUAUUGGGAAAGAAUCCGAGGCUGUUUCAAAUUCUUCAGCAUGCAAUCACAAAGAACCAUGCAAGAUCCCCAUCUCUUUUCCCUGAUGAGGUAAUUCCAUGGAAUGAUCAUAUAACAGGUGACAAAGUGGAUUCAAACCAUUUUGAUACGCUUGUUGAAGAAACUAUAGUUUGUUCAUCAAACUCUGAAUCAGCUGGAAGCUGUGGUUUUGAUCAUGAUAGAAAUAUGCUUUCACAGCUCUCAUUUGGUAGUUCCAAGGUUUAUUCUUCUGUUUUUGUAGCUCCUUCUUUCAGUUCUUCUCUAUGUCAAGUAAGAGAAGAUCAAAAGAAUAGCCAAGAGGCUUAG